AGAAGCGACAGACUGGCUCAGCGGCCAUUGAAGCAUCUUUAUCUUCAAAAGGACAAGCAGAGAUUUUUUUGUACAUCUGCGGGGUCCUGCGGACUGAAGCCAUGGUCUAUCAUUCUCUCGCCCUGCCGAUGAUCUGCUUCACCACGUUAUGGGCGUUGGUGGGGGUCGUAGCUCCGUUUUUAGUGCCCAAAGGACCCAAUCGGGGUGUGAUUGUCACCAGUCUGAUCCUUACAGCGAUCUGUUGCUACUUGUUUUGGUUGAUAGCCAUUCUGGCCCAGACCAACCCUCUGUUUGGUCCUCAGCUCAAGAAUGAAACUAUAUGGUACCUGCGCUACUUCUGGGAGUAAACAGGGGCUGUUCGAUGUGAUGCCUCUCAUCUUUCCUGUCCUCUGGUUUGCUCGCCUUUAGUUUCGGCAUGUCCUCAAACACCCGAGCAGCCUGCAGAAUGGGUGGAUUCAUUUUGUUUUGCCACCUUGUUUUUUGUAACCUUGAGGAAUCUUAAGAAUAAUAAGAGUUAAAAAAAAAAAAAAGCUGAAUUCAUCCUGUGACUACAGAACAAACCAAGAUGAGGAAAGUGAAGCGUAACCACCCCCCCAACCCCCCCACUUGAAAUGUGCAAUCCUUUAGUUUAGUUCCGUGUACAUAUUUUCUUUUUGCGUUGCUGCCAUCGUCAGCGAGGAACAUGGAUUUCUGUGUGUAUUUAUUUUGGCUUGCUGACACUGAUCUAAGCCCGGUGUAAUCACCUCAGUGUCCGCGAGGUCCUGUUAUAUAAGUGUUGUUACCCGUGAUGUAAUGGGGUGUGAGUGUGAGCGCGUGUGCGAGCGUGUGAAGAGUUCAUUAAUGUGGGCGCUUGGACCGCGGCCACGAGAAUCUCCUGAAAGCACGUAAAAAAAAAAUGAGAAAAAAAAAUAAGCAGAGAGCGAUUCCUUCCACUUUGGGGGCACUUCAGCGUGAAACUCCCUCCCACAUUCCCUCGUGCUCCGCACCACGGAGGUCCUCGUUGCCAUGGUGAUCUCAUCGCCCAAUUCAGCCCCUCUUCACUUGACCCCUUUUGAUGAAAUCCUGCCCAAUUCUCGCCUGCCUGUGUACAGAUGUACUGUAGGUUGUACUGUAGGGACGUGUUUUUGGAGCAAAGCUGCAGAUAGAUUGGGUGUUAACAUCUGCUAUUUUUAAAAUGUACCUUCAAACAACGCUUUCACUGCAUUCCUCAUUUUAACUUUAGCAAAUAAACUCAGACUCUCGAGAGCUUUUAGAAAACAAAGCGAUGAAAAAGUGCGUUAUUAAAAUAAGAUGUGAAGAAACCUGCAGCAUUGUAACCUCUGAUAGGCUGAAUAUGAGUUUUUUUCUAAUUCAAAGGCGAACAAUCCCCGUGCAUGCAUCACUAAUUCUUGUUUGGGGAAAUAAUGACAAGUGCUCUGAAUUAAUUUUAAUAUAAGAAGUCUUAUCAUUGCAGUUAUUGGUUAUUUAUCUUAUUUCAUCUGCAGUCCCUGCCCUUAUAAUCGCACACAGAAAAAAAGCAUGUACACAAUAAAACACCCCCCAAAAUUAGUUCAUUGCACCUUACCAGCCACUGCUACAAUUACACCUCCCCUCUCCAAACCUUGAGCGCCCGUCCUUCCCUCCUCCCUGGAACUCGCCCUCCCUGUCCUCUUCUCUGAAACCGCUUUGCUUCAGCCAAAAAGAAUCCAAAUCAAAAUACAGCUACUUUUUAGAAAGACCAAAUUGUGUUCUGUCUUUCCCCCCCCCCCCCUUGCCUUUUUCUGUAGUUGUGGUGGUGGUGGUGUGAGUCUAAAAUCGGAUGUGUAACAAUGUGUGCAUUACAGCAGUUUACACAUGCAGAGCCCCGUGUCACUGGAGUGCAAUUACACUUGAUUACACUCUCAAAGUAGCCUUUGCUCACCAGUAAAGUUUGUUGUAGUUGGUAUUUAGUUUCUCUGCAAGUAAGCCAGAGUGUGUAAACAAACAUCACAUGGACUCCCAAGUAGCUCACUUAUUCGACAAAGUUUUGGUGACUUUUAACUGCACGUAAAAGACGGGCGUGCCCACGGCGGCGGCGCGCAUUGGUUCGUGAACACCUGCUUUUGAAGCAGGUCAUCGUCUUUGUUUUUUGAAACUGGACGUGAUGAGCACGGGCAGAAAUGACUGAGAAACCGAGGAAAACUGCGGCCUCAUAUUUUUCUUUAGUGGCUUUUUUUCUUUACAAAGGACUGUAUUUACAAAAAGUGAACACCAUGUUGUAUUAAAUAUAGCUUGCCAUCGCCAGUGUGUGAAUGUGUGUGUGAAUGGGUGAAUGACUGAAUGUAGUGUGAAGCGCUUUGGGGUCCUUAGGGACUAUAAAAGCGCUAUACAAAUGCAGGCCAUUUACCAUUUACCAUUUUAAAUAAUACUUCAAAUUUUCAAACUGAGACUAGAAACUCCUCAAGAAGGUGUUCGUUAGGGUCACAAGUUAAGGGUCAAAGUAGUCUGUUAGUGCUGGUAAACCAUAGACUGGAAUAUAUAUAUAAAACAUAGAUGAAACCACCAUAACGUCACCCACAUGGAUGUGAAGACCAGUGUACAAGCCUCAAACGGAGCAUUUCAACUGUCAGCAGCAUGUGUGACAUCACCCAGUGGUUUUUCAAGUCCCAAUUUGAUGCCUCCAGAUGUCCUGGUUGCAAAACAAACGGAUGGCAUAAAAUCGUUAGCCAGUGAUCUUCUUUCCAUUUUAAAACACGAUUCGACACAUUACUGAAUAAACACAUUUUUUAUUCGUGUGACCCGAGAUGAGUGACUGAGCCCAUACACUUCUUUUUAAAUAAUCAAAAAAAUAACACCUAGCCAGUGAAAAGGUGUCCAUGCUGUGCAGCUUACUCAGCCUUUUCAUCUAUUUUACUCUAAAUUGGACUAUAAUUUGCAAGGUGAACAUGCUGUAUUUUUUUUUUAAAAGCUUGAAACUACUAAUUGACACCAUAAACUUACAAGAUGAAAGAAUGCAGGUUCAAGGCAUUUCUACACUGGCUUUACUUUCAGACCUAAACCGCCUCCAUCUUUUAUAUGCAGUCUUUUGUCAAAACAACCAUGUCUUGUAACUUUGGCACUGUUUUGUCUUUGUGGCAGUUGACUGCAUGUGAAGAAAAGCUGAAAAUGUCUCUGGUUUUGUCCUGACAUCUGAAUUCUGUUAGACGUUCUGACCGUACAGUUUUGUUUUGGGUUUGUUUCCUUUGGUUAGGAUUACCAUAGGAAACAAAGCCAUUACAUUACAGUAUCAAUCCCACUCAUCAUAAAACAAACCACAGUUUGCUUGCAGAGUCAGUCCGUCACUGGACACCAAAUGUCAUUAUUCUCCCAUAUCCAAGCUAAUCGACCUAAAGGAGGGAACCGCUGGGACGUCAGAUAACCCGUGUAAAAUGUGCAGAGUAUGAAUGCUCAAAAAAAACAUUCAAAUUUUCAAUUUCAUUUCUUUUUCUCAUGACUUUUUUUCCUUUUCAUUUUUGAUAACUGGCUACUGUUCAUUUGUUAAAUGUUCCUGGCAGCAUAGACGAGGAUAGAUUUUUUUUUUAAGUGUGUUAAGAGUCACCAUGGUAACAAACAUUCAAUAAAUCACAAAUCGGAUUGUUUAUGGAUUUGGGACCCUGUAUGUAACCUUGUAUUACUGUGAAGUAAAUGCUUGUAUGUGAGUGGCACUGUAUGUGAAAUACUUAAUAAAGAACUAUGUCUCAUAGGA